AUGAUAAGACCAGUCCGACUGUACACGCACAUAUCGCCUGGCUCGAAGAAACCGCCGAAGAAGGCAGUGAUCUGUGUCCUUCCUGCACGUACUUUCAACCUCAGCGAGCCAUUUUCCGCCCUGAAGCUGGCCCUCGUCCUUCAUCGCUCAAAGUUCGUGACGAUACAGCAGUGCUCCUCGUGGGAAGCAGACGAGACUUUACCCUGGAGAGCGGACCUCUGUGCUCGCGAUAUCCUCGAAGAUGACCCUCAGACCCCUCAUGCUGAUUUCUCCAGCCGCGAGGCGAUAGCGCUCUGGGCAGAAGAGGUAUACAAGGCAAACGAAUCAAAGCGCCGCGUAUCCGACAUGGAUCGCAGAGGAGCAAAUCUAGGCGAUCAAACAAGCACAGAUGAGAAGAUCAUUCCCGCACGAGGGAGAUCGGCUUCCUCGUCGAGAUCGAGACUCAAUGCCUCCACGGCGAGAUCGACCCACAGCCUCACCUCGACGGAACAGUCGCCUGGACAGUCAUCGCAAACACGCACCUCGUACCACGGCAAUGCUGUGUCUGCUACCAGAUCGAACCAAAGCGCGUCGCGAUAUGUGCAGAGGACGAAAGAUUCUCGUCCCCGUACCCAACGCUACUUUGUUGUGCGGAAGGUAAUCUUCUGUAACGCGCAACGAGGACUCGACAAAUGGAUCAAGGUCCCGAAAGAGUCGAUCCAUGCACUGUCACCGGUGUGGUUUAACACCCCUGUAGAGGCUAUCAGACGCUCCAUCUGCAGUGAACAGGAGCACCUUCUCACAGAACUGCUCACGGCCUACGCUACGUCUUCCACCUGCUUCCUUGGCCCUAUGACGGACAGUGUUCGGUCGAUCGUCCUACGAUCAUUGCAUGGCAUCUUCCAGGUAGUCCAGGCAGCGCGUUUCCUUGGCCAUGCCAACGUCGAUGAGCCUAGCGCAGAAGGCGAGGCCAAGGAAGUGCAUAGUGAGGCCACGUACCGUUUUCAUUGGGACCAAUUGAUACAGAUUGUUACUGAGAUCGCUGCAGUCUCUGAUAUGGGUUAUAGGAAGGAGACGAAACUGAGAUAUCCGGAGUACUCUCCUCCGCGAUUCUACAACAUCAACAGGGAUGUUAGAAGCAGCGAUGUAACCGACUUGUACAACGUGGUGUUGCCUCCUGCGGGUCAGCUAGACCCAGGAUUCUCGGCAUAUUGGUGGCACGCGUCCGUGACGACAAAUAACUCUGGCAAGGAGAUGGACCUGGCUGCAGCGAUUGACGAACCGCGUUUGGGCACACCGGAUGGCAUACUUUUCCUAUCUGUCGACGAGGUAUUCCCAAGCAGAGACGCGGCAGAUGCUGUGGCCAUAUGGCAACCGAAACUGGCUACGGCGCCAGUGGAACGUGAUAAGGUUGCGAACACUUGGUCGACAGUCAAGGACGAACAAAUCGAACCAAAGGCUUAUGGUGGCAGUAUUCUCGCUCAGUGUGGACCACAUCGUCCAUUCGAUGCUCGGGCACGGACCAAAUACCAGCAAUCAAUGCGGGUUGCGCCCUUGGAGGACCCCCCAUCUGUUGCCGCAGCGUCUGGUCAAGCUCUGGCAGAUAUGCGUCCAGUGUCUGUAGAUGACGAAGCGAAACAACAAGACUCGCUUGGACCGCCGCAGGAUUUCAACGUAUCGUCUGAUUUAUCCGCUCACUUUCCUUUACUCGUCUGCGAGUACAAGCAACUCCUCAGCGAAUCGGCGGAAGCGGCUGCCACCGACCAGGAGCGACUCUCACUGGUAGCCAUAUGCACUUUCAUGAGGUUGUUCAACAUUGCCCGCUUCCCCAUUUUUGGCUUGCUCACUAGCGGCCCGAUUGGAGUUUUGUCAUCUGCGUGGAACGACGUCGUGAACCUACCGCCAGGUAGGGCAAGGGAUACGACACAAAAUGUCAUCUGCAUUGCGGAUGAGCAAGCUACGAAGGUCGACAUCCGGGAUCCUCUGGAUGCCCUCAACGUCGCAACCUUUGUGGCAUACAUCAUGGCGGAACAUGCUCCAAUGUUACGCGCACUCUUCAGUUUGAGUACGAGCGAGAUUGAUUUCGGUUAUCUCUUGGACGAGAAGGGCGGGGUACCGCGGACCCGAGGUCGCUCGCUGAUGGCGGCCGACGCUGCUUGGCACAAACUACAUCACCAACACGUGUAA